AAUCAAAUGGGAUGUGUUACAACGAGAAAGCAGCAUAUGGUUUAGAUACCCAAGCAUGCUUUAAGAUAAAAUUCGUAGUUAAUGGAUGAUGAUGAUCAACCUAAUUACAACAGUGCUCCUUAAAGUCCUGCUUUAAGAAAAAUUGUGUAAAUAGACGCAUUUACACCUGACGAAAUGAAGGAUUUUAUUUUAGAGAGGAGAAAAUAACCUAAUAAUACUAAAAGAAUCGAACUAAUGAAAAAAAGUGGCAGAUAUACACCCACUCUUAUCUAUAAAAGUAGAAAACCUUCACCCUCCUAAAGGAGUCAAACAAAGGUUACUAUUUUAUCACCAAUCUAUCCUACCCAAAAAUGAUAUGACCUUAUUUAUUUUGUAGUAGAUAUUGA